AUGAUGAUAUAUGUUCAAUUUAUUGACUACAAUAUUUGGAAAGUUAUAGAAUAUGGUCCAUAUGCUCCCACUAAGACUAUUAAAGUAGACGGUAGUCUGGAUCAAACUCUCCCCAAAUCUAGAGAAGAAUACGAUGAUGAAGAUAAGAGAAAACUCUCAUUAAAUGCCAAGGCUAAAAAUCUACUUUAUUGUGCACUUGAUAGAAAUGAAUUUAAUCAAAUUAGUACAUGUGAUUCGGCAUAUGAUAUUUGGUAUGCUCUUGAAGUUACUCAUGUUGGAACAAGUAAAGUUAAGGAAACAAAGAUAAAUAUGCUAGUUAAAGAAUUUGAAGAUUUCUUUAUGAAACAAAACGAGUCUAUUGUUGACAUGAUUACUCGUUUUAUCGACAUUGUAAAUGGUCUUAAAGUUUUUCAUCAUAAAUUUACUAACAGUGAACUUGUGAGUAAAAUGCUUAGGUCCUUAUCAGAGGAAUGGAGUCCAUUGAGGACGUUGAUCGAGAAUACUAAGGAUGUAAAUACAUAUCCUUUGGAAGAGCUCUAUGGCACAUUAAUGACCUAUGAGCUAAAUAAUGCCGAGAUUAAGGAGAAAAUGAGAAAAAGCAAGGAGGAAUCAAAGAAGCCUCCUAAAUGA